AUGGGUUCUCACUCUACUUCCUCUCAGCCUCAUGUGCCCGCUUCUGGGGUCUGGUGUCCUGCAGUCACCUUCUUCCACCACGGCACCGACUCUCUAGAUCUUGAAUCUCAGUCCCAGUACUUCGCCUAUCUGUCCACUACCGGCUUGGCAGGUCUAGUGAUUCUGGGCACCAACUCGGAGGCCUUCCUCCUUACUCGCGAAGAGCGAUCGCAGUUGAUUGCGACUGCCCGUGCAGCUGUGGGUCCUGAUUUCCCAUUGAUGGCCGGAGUUGGUGCACACUCCACCAAACAAACCCUUGAAUUUGCUCAGGAUGCGGCCGCCGCUGGGGCCAACUAUCUGUUGGUUCUCCCUCCUGCAUACUUCGGCAAGGCCACAAACAUGAAUGUGGUCAAGCGCUUUUUUUCCGAAGUUGCCGCAAAUUCGCCUCUUCCUGUGGUUGUAUAUAAUUUCCCCGGCGUCUGCAAUGGGGUUGACAUAGACUCUGAGACCAUUACCGCUAUUGUGCAGGAGUCGGCAUCGUCUCACCCAAGCGGACAGUCCAACGUGGUCGGCGUCAAGCUUACUUGUGGAUCGGUCGGAAAGAUUACUCGACUGGCAGCGACAUUUGCGCCCGGCACCUUUGCGACCUAUGGUGGGCAGUCUGACUUCUUGAUUGGAGGCCUUGCCGCAGGAAGCGUGGGGUGCAUCGCAGCUUUUGCCAAUGUUUUCCCCAAGACAGCAGCUCGGAUCUAUGCAUUGUACCAAAAGGGACAAGUGGACGAGGCUGUGAAGCUACAAAGAAAGGCAGCCCUCGCAGAGAGCCCUAUCAAGAGCGGGAUCGCAUCCACUAAGCAUGCGGUAGCAUGCUAUUCAGCCCAACUAGCAGGGAUACAGGAUGCAGCGGCAAACCUGGCCCCCCGACAUCCUUACGAAGAGGUGGGUGAGGGGGCCAAAACGGCGAUCCGAACGGUGAUGGCAGAAGUCAGCGAGAUUGAGAAGACUCUGUAG